AUUGGCAGCGGUGACAAACAGGAACAGGCGGGUGAUGAAAAGAAUAGAGCUGUGUAGGAACGAGUUAGACGAGCGUCAGCCAUUUGCAGCAUUGCUCAGUUGAGGGAGGGGACAAACGAACGCUGCUAGAACUGUUUGACUUCUCUAAAUCCCACCUGUACUGGAGAAGAUUUGGAGAAAAGAAACCUACAGUGGUCCAUCAAAAGGAUUGGAAGGAGAAUUUGCAGUGCUUCUAAAGGAAACCUAGAAAACAACUGAAGAUGCCAAAGCCAAUCAAUGUUCGAGUUACCACCAUGGAUGCGGAACUGGAGUUUGCCAUCCAGCCCAACACAACCGGCAAACAGCUCUUCGACCAGGUGGUUAAAACUGUUGGAUUACGUGAAGUGUGGUACUUUGGACUUCAGUAUAUGGACAGCAAAGGGUACCUGACAUGGCUGAAGCUGGAUAAAAAGGUUUCUUCCCAGGAUGUGAAGAAGGAAAACCCUCUGCAGUUCAAGUUCCGUGCCAAAUUCUUCCCUGAAGACGUGUCUGACGAAUUGAUCCAGGACAUCACACAGAAGCUGUUUUUCCUGCAGGUGAAGGAGAGCAUCCUCAGUGAUGAAGUCUACUGUCCACCAGAAACUGCUGUUCUCUUGGGUUCCUAUGCAGUCCAGGCCAAGUUUGGAGACUUCUCCAAGGAAAAUCACAAAACUGGGUAUCUGACCUCAGACCGUCUCCUCCCUCAGCGUGUUCUGGAACAGCACAAACUCUCCAGGGAACAGUGGGAGGAGCGCAUCCAGGUCUGGCACGAGGAACACCGUGGGAUGCUCAAGGAAGAUGCCAUGCUGGAGUACCUGAAGAUUGCCCAAGACUUGGAGAUGUAUGGUGUGAACUAUUUUGAAAUCAAAAACAAGAAGGGAACAGAUCUCUGGCUGGGUGAAGAUGCCCUCGGAGUGAAUAUCUAUGAAAAGGAAGACAAACUAACUCCAAAGAUUGGUUUCCCCUGGAGUGAAAUUAGGAACAUCUCUUUCAAUGACAAGAAGUUCAUUAUAAAACCUAUUGACAAGAAGGCUCCAGACUUUGUGUUCUAUGCUCCACGCCUGAGGAUCAACAAGCGCAUCCUGCAGCUGUGCAUGGGGAACCACGAGCUGUACAUGCGGCGCAGGAAGCCUGACACCAUCGAGGUGCAACAGAUGAAGGCGCAAGCCCGUGAGGAGAAGCACCAGAGACAGAUGGAGAGAGCACAGCUGGUGAAUGAGAAGAAGAAAAGGGAGACCAUUGAGAAGGAGAAGGAGCAGAUGGAGCGAGAGAAGAGGGAGCUUCAGCUGAGGCUACAGCAGUUUGAAGAGAAGACCAUGAAAGCAGAGAGAGAUUUGCAAGAGCAGAUGAGGAGAGCCAUUCAGCUGGAGGAUGAGAGAAGAAAGGCGGAACAAGAGGCAGCACGCCUGGAGGCUGAACGCCAGGCUGCUCUUCUUGCCAAGGAGGAACUGGCCAGACAGGCUGAGGACCAAAUUAAGAGCCAGGAACAGCUGGCUGCAGAGCUGGCAGAAUAUACAGCCAAGAUCACACUUCUGGAGGAGUCCAAGAAGCGCAAGGAGGAGGAGGCUGACCAGUGGCAGCACAGAGCCAGGGAAGCCCAGGAGGACUUGGUAAGGACCAGAGAGGAGCUGCACAUGGUGAUGACAGCCCCUCCACCACCCCCUCCCCCAGUGUAUGAGAACAUGGAUGAGAACGAGAUGGAGGAUGUUGAAGAGACUAACAGCACCUACAGCGCCGAGCUGCAGUAUGAGGACAUCGAUGACCAUCGCAAGGAGGAGGACCGCAUCACUGAGGCAGAGAAGAACGAGCGUGUCCAGAAGCAGCUCAUGGCUUUGAGUUCAGAGCUGGCCCAGGCCAGAGAUGAUAGUAAGAAGACCCACAAUGACCUGAUCCACACUGAGAACGUGAGGGUUGGUCGUGACAAGUACAAAACACUGAGGCAGAUCCGGCAAGGCAACACCAAGCAGAGGAUCGACGAGUUUGAGGCUCUGUAAAUCCCUUGCUGUACUGUGGGCUUAUAGGUACAUAUUGCAGUAUGUUGUCCCAAAUGCAGAUCUCCCACCUUUUGAUUUUCUGAGUGGUCGCUGUAGGAGCUUCUAGUAUUCUUGUAAAAAACAAAACAAAAAAAAUCACUGUAUACCAGAGGACUGCUGAUUUUCAUACAAAGCACAAUUAAGUUUGGUGAUAACAGGUGUGAAGUUGAUUGAUUUGGCACAAUGUGUUUUAAUUAAUAACAUUCCAGUGAUUGAUUUGGCACAAUGUGUUUUAAUUAAUAACAUUCCAGUGCCAAAACCAUCAUUUAUUUCUUUCAGAAUUUUUAUAUGGUUGAGCUAUUACCUGCAUCUCUUUUUUUCCCAUGUCAAUGCCAUUUAUCUGAAUUUAAAACUAUACUUUAUGAAUUCCUCUGCAAGGGAUAAUUGAAUACAGACACACAAAGAUAGUUGUAGUUUGAUUUGUGCUUGGUUUAGAAUGGAAAAUGUGUAGCCAAAUAGAGUGCCAUAUAAGCUAGAGAGCUUUGAAGCCAAAACUAAACCCAUUGCUUUGUACAGGGCUGCAUACUAUGUUUUAUACCAUAUACGAUAAAAUAUUGUAUACAAUUUGCCCACAGCUGAAUGCUGUGACCUCAAGAACUGAAUGAUGCAUUUAGAUAUUAAGAUGUUUUAGCAGGGACCACUCAGAAAUGAAGAUGAGAACAGUAUAAAAACAAUUUCUGAUUACUUGCAGAACAGCACGAGAGGAUUUAUUUUGAGUUUUUGAUACAUUUGAGAGCACAUUUCCAUACACAUGUUUUAAUACUCAUGGAUAACCAAUAAUAUUGAAUAGUGUAUUUAUACAUGGGUAAUUCUAAUAAAUUUAAAAAUGGUA